CGCGGCAACUCCGGGCCUGGGCAGCCGAAGGGGCGCCUCUGUUGGUACCAUGGCACCCAAAAAGAAAGGCGAGAAGAAAGCUGGCGGCAGCAGCAAAAAGGGCAAAGGUGCGAAAGGUUCGCCAGUGGUGGAUGCUGUCCCCCCGGAGAGCAUGUCGAAAGAGCAGCUGGAGGACCACAUUGGGCGCAUUCGGGAGGAACUGGACCGUGAGCGGGAAGAACGCAACUACUUCCAGCUGGAGCGGGACAAGAUCCACACCUUCUGGGAGAUCACUCGGCGGCAGCUGGAUGAGAAGAAGGCGGAGCUUCGCAACAAGGACCGUGAGAUGGAGGAGGCCGAAGAGCGUCACCAGAUAGAGAUCAAGGUGUACAAGCAGAAAGUGAAGCACCUGCUCUAUGAGCACCAGAACAACCUCACCGAGCUGAAGGCGGAGGGGACCGUCUCGAUGAAGCUGGCCCAGAAGGACCACCGGUCCCAGGAAAUGGAGAUGCGGAAGGACAUGCGCACUCUGAAGGUGGAUCUGAAAGAGCAGGAGCUCGCCAACGAGAUGGUGGUGAAGAACCUCCGGCUGAAACAACAAGAGGAUAUGACACGGCUGCGCAAUGACUUUGAGAGGCAAGUGAGAGAGAUCGAGGCCAAGUACGAGAAGAAGAUGCGUGUGCUGCGGGACGAGUUGGACCUGCGCAGGAAGACUGAAAUCCACGAGAUCGAGGAGAGGAAGAACGGCCAGAUCAACACACUGAUGAAGAACCACGAGAAGGCCUUCAGCGACAUCAAGAACUACUACAACGAUGUCACCCUGAACAACCUGGCCCUCAUCAACACCCUCAAGGAGCAGAUGGAGGAGAUGAAGAAGAAGGAGGACCACCUCGAGAAGGAGAUGGCCGAAGUGAUGUUGCAGAACAAAAGGUUGGCGGAGCCACUACAGCGAGCCCGGGAUGAGGUGGCCGAGCUGCAGAAGAAGCUGGCCCACUACGAGAAAGACAAGACCAUGCUGGCGAGCAUACGAGCCCGCCUGAAAGUCACCGAGAAGGACCUCAAGGGACUCCAAUGGGAGCACGAGGUGCUGCAGCAGAGGUUCAGCAAGGUGCAGGAAGAGCGAGAUGAGCUGUACGAGAAAUUCACCAAAGCCAUUAACGAGGUGCAGCAGAAAACCGGCUUCAAGAACUUGUUGCUGGAGCGGAAGCUGCUGGGUCUCUCCAGCAUCCUGGAGAAGAAGGAGGUGCAGCUCAACGAGGUGCUCGCUGCCUCCAACCUGGAUCCCAGCGCCCUCACCGUGGUCACCCGCAAGCUGGAGGAUGUGCUUGACUCCAAAAACAAUGCCAUCAAGGACUUGCAGUAUGAGCUGGCCAGAGUGUGCAAGGCUCACAACGACUUGCUGCGGACGUACGAGGCCAAACUGGCAGCCUUCGGCAUCCCCUUGGACAAUUUGGGCUUCAAGCCUCUGGAGACCUCUGUGUUCGGCCACACGUUGGGCCAAGGCCCGGCGGGGUUUGUCUCCACCCCCACGUAGCAGAGCCCGGCCUCAUCCUUCGGAGCACCUUCUUCUGCCUUUGCCUUACGUGUGAGCCGGCUCUGCGCUCCCGUUCCCGCGGUGGCUGUGAAGUGGAAGAGAAGAGAGGAGGCAGCAGCACCUGGGAAGGGAUUGGGGCCGGCCCAGCCCUCUUUUGCAUUAAACUGGCCCUGGCAUUGGCUUUUC